GUGGCAUACACCAUGAAAAGUGAGAACUGGAUGGUGCUCUUCAGGCCAGUCCUUCACGGCAGUUCUUUUAGGUUCCCACUCAAAAAAACUCGUUUAUGAAGAAAUCAGAAGUCGGACUCAGGAAGGAGUACAGAGUUUCAUCGGUCCGUCCAGCUGUGAAACCUGGCCGUUCUCCUGGACAGUGCGAAGGUUGAUUAGCAGUAUCUAACCAAAGUUAGCUGGCUUUGCUAGUCAGUUAGCAAACCGGAGGAAAAACCGGGAGAAAGGAAAAGUAGAGUGUGGAUUGACCGCCUUCAUCACAAAAGUAGAAUUAUGUUUCGUCCUUUAUGCUUUAGGACGUAACUCGAGCCUCCGAUGAGGUCGAAGUUGUACGGUUGAAUCGGAGUCCAGUGGGUUUCAGGGAGACAGAGCAAACUGCGAUGUUGGGGAAGAAGGAGCCUGCAUACUGGUCCGGUGGUAGCCCGUCUGUGUCCCGAGUAUGGCCACAUACGGUGCUUUGGAGACUAGGGGGUUUCUUUUUCCUACUACUCCUGGAAGGGGCCGUAUGUCUUGCCAGCCCGAGCAGCGCUCCGGGCACCAACAAUAACAAUCGUCCAAGAGUCAACGUUUACAUGAGCGAGGAAGAGGUGAAGAAAUUCUUGGGUCUGGAUGCUGAGCUGUACUAUGUGCGGGACGAUGUGGUGAACCAUUACGCCCUCUCUUUCACUCCACCCGUGCCCAGCGAGACCAACAGUCUGCAUUUCACCUGGCAUUCCGAGAACAAGGUAGAGUACAGGCUGGGUUUCCAUGUCGAUGACCCUACAGUCAUGAGCCAGCCUCAGAGCAAUAUCUCCACACAAGGAGAGGUACCCCGCACCCGCUCAGUUUUCCGAGUGGACCUCUUUUGCUCGGGGAAAGUGGAGAAAAAUGUGGUGUUGACUGUUCAGCUGAAUUUGACCAUCCAUGCCAACAACUUCACUGUGAUCAACAUCAAACGGACGAAAAUGUGCUACAGAAGAAUAGAGCAGCCUGACCCGCCUGUCAACACUCUUUUUCCAGGGAUGCCCAGACCUCCCAACGACGACAACGCCCCCACCACGUCUACGCGCGUGUUCUACAUCAGCGUGGGUGUGUGUUGUGCCGUCAUCUUCCUGGUGGCCAUCAUCCUCGCCGUGCUGCACCUGCUCAGCAUGAAACGGGUGGAGCUGGACGAUGCCAGAAACGACUUUGAACACGUGAGUGACAGCGGAAGCUCCCAAGGUUUGUCCCAGCCAUCAACCCAGACCACACAGUACCUGAGGGCUGACACUCCUAACAACGCCACGCCAGUCACCAACGUUCACCCUGGCUCUGCACCCAUUCUCCAGCUUGCUCCUACCCCUGGUGUCCCUCCCCACGAAACCAAAAGCUAUCCCUCUUUGCGUAUCGAGAAGAACGACCUGAGAAGCGUGAGUUUACUGGAGGCCAAAGCAAAUGUCAAGAACAUUGCCAUCUCCAGGGAAAGGGUCACGCUCCGUGAUGUUCUGCACGAAGGAACCUUUGGUCGAAUUUUCCAUGGUGUUCUGGUGGACGAGAAGGACCCGAGCAAAGAAAAACAAGUGUUUGUGAAGACGGUAAAAGAUCAUGCCUCAGAGGUACAGAUUACCAUGAUGUUGACAGAGAGCUGCAAGCUACGAGGUCUUCACCACAGGAACCUGUUGCCCAUCAGUCACGUAUGUACAGAGGACGGGGAGAAGCCCAUGGUCCUGCUGCCCUAUAUGAAUUGGGGUAAUCUGAAGCUCUUCCUGCGGCAAUGCAAGCUCGCAGAGGCCAACAACCCUCAGGCCAUUUCACAACAGGACUUGGUUCACAUGGCCAUACAGAUAGCCUGUGGGAUGAGCUACCUGGCACGGAGAGAGGUUAUCCACAAAGACCUGGCUGCCAGGAACUGUGUUAUUGAUGACACCAUGCAGGUGAAGAUCACAGAUAACGCCUUAGCGCGGGAUCUCUUUCCUAUGGACUACCACUGUCUGGGGGAUAAUGAGAACCGGCCUGUGCGCUGGAUGGCUCUGGAGAGUCUACUCAACAAUGAUUUCUCUAGUGCCAGUGAUGUGUGGGCUUUCGGGGUCACUCUGUGGGAACUGAUGACUCUUGGACAAACUCCAUACGUGGAUAUCGACCCGUUCGAGAUGGCCGCCUACCUGAAGGAUGGUUACAGAAUAGCACAGCCCAUCAACUGCCCUGAUGAACUGUUUGCAGUCAUGGCCUGUUGCUGGGCCUUGGAUCCGGAAGAAAGACCCAAAUUCCAACAGUUAGUGCAGUGCCUCACUGAGUUCCAUGCCGCUCUAGGAGCUUACGUCUAAACUCCAUCCCCAGGCUUCUCCUGAGACCUAGCAAGACACCAGACAGCACUACCCCCAGAAAAUGAUAUCAAACAUAUUGUGCCUUAUCAAAACAACGGAAACCAGCCUUUUUUCUUUUUUUUUUUGAGGGAACUUAUUUUUUUGUGAAACAUUGUAGUAAAGCUACUACAUUUCAAAAACUUGCUCCAAACUACAUUUGUUGAUUUUUCUUGGGUGAAAGAAACAGUGACCUCUGAACUGCUCCACUACUCACAUGAAGAAAUUUAUUAUUAUUAUUAUUUUUUUUUUUUCAAAGAGGUCACUAUUUUUGUCUCACUGCCAUGGAAUCGCAGAUACUUUGAAGCUAAUGAACUACACCUAAUGGCUCAAUGUUAUGUCAUAUUUUCCCAAGAUGCUGGUGUUGUUAAGAGUCUCACAAAAGCUGCUUCACCAACAGCUUCUGGACUUGAUGAUGACUGAUUUAGUUUUAAAGACUUUUAUAUUAAGAGAUGAUGAUGAUGAUGAUGUUUACUGCAUUUUUGUUCAGAAGUUGUUCAGAGAGAGUGAUGGUUAUAUUGUAUUAGACACUUCAGUGAGAGGUCUUAGCUCCACUGCAGUGACUCUAAAAUAAGCUUCCAAAGUUGAUCGAAAAGUUGUGUGAGUAUUUCAAACGAGAAAAAAACAAAAGCAAUCAGAAUAGAGCUUCAGUUCGAAGUGAUGCUCUUAUUGGUACGGAAUGUCUGACAUCUCCAAAAACAAGGCAGUUGGACCAGAGCUGGAGAUGAUUGCCAAAUGUUGAACUUUUCUUUCCAACCAACUUACAAGGACUCUAGCCAGUGGGGGCCCUGUAAUUGGUCGUUUUCUUCCUCCAAAGAAAUGUCAUUGGAGGAAAGGACAGUCUCUACCUGGCAUAACUUGGUGAUUUCUACCAGUAAGUAACAGGAUUGUGGUACAUCUUUAGCAAAGAUGAAAUGGAUGAAUGGUCCUGUCAAUUCCUCAUGGAUAUGAAACGGCAUGUACAAGUGUAGAGGCAAAUCGAGGUCCCGUAUCUGGGUAAAUUCCUUACAGGGUUGUAAUCAUUAUUUCUUAAACUGUUUUUUACGUUUGACUGUUCUGUGUCAGAACAUUGUCCACCUUUUUUUUUGUUUUUGUUUUUUUUAGUUUGUUUGUUUGUUUGUUUGUUUGUUUGUUUUGGAGAACAAGCAAAUCUAAAACACCAGUCACUGUGAAAACAGGAGUACGUGCCCCAGACACCACUUUCUAACCAUCCUCUUUUUCUUUUUUUUUUGUUUCCAGCAGCUACUCAGUCUCCUACAUGUGUUUUUGUGAACUAAGCAUGAUGAUGAUUUUUAAAAGGUAUUGUGUAAACUGCUUCCUGAAUUCAUAAUUUCAAAUUAAAGGAGGCUCCAGAA